AGUGGAAGAAGAGUGGGGAGGCCUUUGCCCAGCUAUUAGACAUUCCAGGCUAGUAUAUCUAUUAUAACUCAUGAGCAAGAAAUUCUGAAUUUAAGCAUCAGAAUUUGUUCUGUAAUGAGAUAAGGAAAGUUUUCGUGAGAGAUUCCUGAAACAUAUUUCAAACGACGUGCAAAAUUGUCGAUUUUUGUAGGGUGUAAAUUAUAAUUGCCAAAAAAAGAGUUGAAACAACCAACAUCGAUAGUUUUAAAGUACAUUUUCGAGUGCCAUACAACGUUCUUCGAACUGUUCUGGGCUUUGCCACUAACGGACCCAAAAUUCAACUCAACAUCUUUGAAAACGUGAAAACGACAUUACAGUGGCGGCAGGAGGCAUCCCUUUUAAACCUCUGCGAAUAAAAUAGAGAGACACGUCAAACUUAUAACACCCCGUUAUAAGUUUGACGUGUCUAAUUGUGGCAUCACAUCUCCAUAUGGGAUAAAUCCAUUUCUCAAGUGAGAGUAUCAGUGUUAUUUACAUGUCUGUUUUCGCAAUUCUGUUAAACAUGAUUUGUCAUGUGGUUUAUUAUCGAGGAUUUAAACAUUUAUGGGGUGGAUUUUUAUCCUUUUGCAUCUGUUCUACUCUAUCAGUAUCUACACCCAACAUCCAUGACUACACUCGCCUUAUCUAACAAGACCUCAACUUUCUAGACUACAAUCUCUAAAGGUUUAAUGUCUUCAGAAAGAGUUUUAUUUAGAUUCUCUUUGUUCUUCUUUAAUUUUAUGAUAAAACUGGCAGAUCUAGAAAAAUAAAGUCGAGACUUCAACACACAUUAUACGACAAAAGUUUAGAGUCAUAAUGAGAACUGUCAAAAGAAAUUAAAAUAAUAUCACAACAUCAUUGAAAUCAAAAUUUCUUUCGACAUCAAACCAUAACAAAUCGUUAGAUAAAUAAUGUUUAGAGCAACGUCCUACAUUUUGACUGUGAGGACACUUUUUUACCGCCGCCAUCCUUCAGACUUCCAAAUAGCGUCGAUCUCUCGUUUCCCAACUAGCUUCAAGUACAAGAACCCCAGAGAGCGGGAACCAUGUCCCUUGCCCCCGCCCCCGCCACCACCGCCGCCGAAAGACGAUUCCCUCUUCUGGGGGGCAGUGACUAUAUUGUUCUUAGCUGGGGGGCUUUGUGUUUAUGCCAGGGGCUCACCAGAAAUUCGUGAUUGGUUAACAAUAAACGCACCAUGGUUCGACGACCUUAUAGCUGUAUUGUUCCAAGAAAACAUGACUUAUGGCGAGUUCGCCAUCACCUGCAUCGAGGACACGAAGAAAUUCAUCGCCAGUCUGACUGCCGAUGAGAAGCCGAAGAAGUGCUCCCUCGAUGGGACACCAAUACUUAACUACGAUGUGCCCAAUGAAUCUGAAGUCGCACCAAAAGAAGAGGAAGAGGAAGAAAAUGCGUUGACGUGCGAACCCUCGCCUCCUCCGGUGGUCACCCAAGACAUUUGCGAAAUCGAUAAAUGUAUAAAUGACUACGGCGAAGAAGUUCUCAAUAAUUACAACACUGCUAGAGAUGCGUGCGCUUAUUACAAUGCGUUGGUCGAAGAAACGAUGCAAAAGUUUUCGUUUGCUGGAAUGAAGGCUUUACGUAAUGCGAUGGAAGAGAGAAAGAAGCUCAUUGAAGUGUCUCUGGCCAACGCCUCAUGCGCCACGAGUAAACUCGAUGAGAUGGUGCGUUAUCUUGACUGCGGGGUACAGGCCUCUAAGGAUCAGAUAGAGAACUCCAAGGCCAUCAACAGGGAUUUCCACGACAGAUUCAAGGUGGCCUUCAUGGAGUACCAAUGGGAGAACGAUCGAUCCAUCGUAUUGGAUGCGCAAUGGCAGACCGUGGAAGAAGUUGUUGACAAAUACACAUCAGAAAAUGAAGGCAUGUUCCCGGGACUGAAGUAUAGUGCCAAGAAGCCGGUUAUCAACGGAGACCUCGAUGUCUUAUUGUAUAACAGUUACAGAUAUAUACAUCAGCUGAAUGGCGAGUUGCAGGAUACCGCUGAAGCAAUGACCGAACGUAUCAACCGUGCACUCGAUAUGUUGCCAAAAGAAGAGGAUGCUUUAAAAGCUAGAGGCGCAGCUCUAGAUGCAGCUAUCAAAAGGAGGAGAGGUGAAGUAGAUGCCGAGUUCAAGAGGAGGGAGGACGAUAUGAAAGCAGAUAACGAUAGAAUAUUGAAGAACCUAACUAAGAAGCAAAUGGAUAAACACGAGGAUACCCUCAAUGCGCGACUGGAACAGAUGGAAGAGGAGAUUUCGGCCAAAUUCGACGGAAUGGUAGCAGACAAAGUGGAUGCUGAGAAGAGGAUGUUCGCGGUACAAUUAGAAGAAAUGGCUCUAAAACUAUCAAAACUUGAGGCAAAAUUAGACGCUCGCAUGAAAGCGGAACGCGAGACUCGACGUUCGCAAGAGCUGUGGACAGCCGGCGCUUCCCUGCUGGAGGCAACCAAGAAGGGAGAUCCGAUAGUCAAAGUUGAUAAAGAACUGAAAGCUAUUGAGAAGGCAUCGGGUGGUAAGGACAAGUUGGUAACAACUGUCCUGAAGUCUAUACCCCCCCAUGUGCGCGAGAGCGGCGUCGUCCCGGAGAGCGUGCUACGCGAAGGAUUCAUCUCAAUGGAAAAGGUUGCCCGGAGUGUGGCGCUGGUCGAGCAGGAUGGUGCUCGGAUGCCGGUCUACAUACUGUCAUGGCUACAGGGCCUGCUGUUAUUCAUGAAGGUAUCGGGAAUACCACAACAAGAGUUCGACAAACCGCCCGAAGAGCCCCCAAAACAUUUAGAUACGUUUGAUUUGUUGCAACGUGCAAAAUUCUGGAUGGACCAAGGUAACUUGGCCAACGCAGUUCGCCACAUCAGUUCGCUGCGGGGCGCGUCGCGGGCCGCCGCUCAGAAGUGGUACGAGGCGGCCAGCGCGCAUUUGGAAGUGCGGCAAGCAGCUGAGGCAGUUCUAGCACAUGCCGCUGCCAUGGGACUGCAGUAUAUUUGAAGUAAAUGGAAUCAAAACCUGUGGAUGUUGUUGUCGAGAGGGAAAUUAAUGUGAUAUUGCGGCUAAUCAUUAUAGUUGUUUAUUAGAAUUUUACACUUUAAAUUGUUAUGGUUUAUUAAAAAAAUUGUAAAUA